AAGUCUGUGCAGCAGCGCCUUCGGUCGUCUCUGUCUGUUCGGUUGCAGUGUGGGAUGAAUAAUUGAUCAGCUGGCUGCUUCCAGGCUGUUGUGCUAUCACAGAGACGGUGGGUGGGAGCCGAUGUCCGCCGCUGCUGCUGCUGGAAUAUGAUGGGAACAGGAAGUGAACGUCACUGACACAGGAAUGGGACUGAAAAAAGGAAAACACCACCAGGAUGAGGAGAAUGUCAAGCUCCUCGGCGUAGGAAACUAAACCCCGGCUUCAGCUCAGGAAAAGGAUGAACUGCUGCGUCCGAGCUGGAUUUGAGGCAUCAGGAAGGUACGUUUGCUGUCAUUUGCGGGUGCUGAGGUGAAGGUUAGCCAGCUGUGUGCUGGAGAACAGAGAUGUGUGUUUCAUCCUCCGAAGCUCUCCGUCCAUCCACCCGUCCUCCUGUAGCUGUCAGAUUCAGUGAACUUGGCUUCAUUUCUCAUCCUCGGCGCUGUCGAACAGGUGCUAGCGGGUUUGCUAGCUAGCUGUGGAUACUAGCCUGGCUCCGCGUCGAUGCCCCUUCAGUGGAAAUUUACUGUUAGCCUGGCUGCACGUUUCACUGUGUUUUGCAAACAGUUUGCUGGAGUCAGGCCCUCGGGUUGCAGCUCAGGGGUCCCGGCGCGUUGCUAAAUGGAGUCGGAGCAGCUGUACCACAGAGGUUACUGCAGGAACAGCUACAACAGUAUCGCCAGCGCCAGCAGCGACGAGGAGCUGCUGGAUGGAGCCGGCGUCAUCAUGGACUUCCACACCACCGAGGACGACAACCUGCUGGAUGGGGACGCUGCCUCCCCAGGAUCUAACUACGCCAUGUCGAACGGGGGCGGGGCUCCCAGCAGCUCCACCCACCUGCUGGACUUCCUAGAGGAGCCCAUCCCUGGUGUUGGGACCUACGAUGACUUUCACACCAUCGACUGGGUCCGUGAGAAGUGCAAGGACCGCGAGAGACACCGGAAGAUCAAUAGUAAGAAAAAGGAGUCUGCAUGGGAGUUCACCAAGAGCCUGUACGACGCUUGGUCCGGCUGGCUGGUGGUGACGCUCACUGGCUUGGCAUCAGGUGCUUUGGCUGGCCUGAUUGACAUUGCUGCUGAUUGGAUGAACGACCUGAAGGAGGGCGUGUGUCUGAGCGCCUUGUGGUUCAACCACGAGCAGUGCUGCUGGACGUCCAAUGAGACCACCUUCGCUGAGAGGGACAAGUGUCCUCAGUGGAAGAGCUGGGCUGAGCUAAUACUGGGGCAGGCUGAGGGCCCCGGCUCGUACAUCAUGAACUAUUUCAUGUACAUCUACUGGGCUCUGUCCUUCGCCUUCCUGGCAGUUUGUCUGGUUAAGGUGUUUGCGCCGUACGCCUGCGGCUCAGGGAUCCCAGAGAUCAAGACCAUCCUGAGUGGGUUCAUCAUCCGGGGAUAUCUGGGCAAGUGGACCUUGAUGAUCAAAACCAUCACUCUGGUGUUGGCUGUGGCGUCGGGCCUGAGCCUGGGGAAAGAGGGCCCCCUGGUCCACGUGGCCUGCUGCUGUGGGAACAUCUUCUCCUACCUCUUCCCCAAGUACAGCAAGAACGAGGCCAAGAAACGAGAGGUUCUCUCUGCCGCGUCAGCUGCCGGGGUGUCUGUUGCUUUUGGAGCACCAAUCGGGGGAGUCCUCUUCAGCUUAGAGGAGGUGAGCUACUAUUUCCCUCUAAAGACGUUGUGGCGCUCAUUCUUUGCGGCCCUGGUGGCGGCCUUCGUGCUUCGCUCCAUUAACCCGUUUGGGAACAGCCGCCUGGUGCUGUUCUACGUGGAGUACCACACGCCAUGGUACCUGUUUGAGCUCCUCCCGUUCAUCCUGCUGGGAGUGUUCGGGGGCCUCUGGGGCGCCUUCUUCAUCAAAGCCAACAUCGCCUGGUGCCGGCGGCGCAAGUCGACACGUUUCGGCAGGUACCCGGUGUUGGAGGUGAUCCUGGUGGCGGCCAUCACUGCGGUGGUUGCUUUCCCAAACCCUUACACGCGUAAGAACACCAGCGAGCUGAUAAAGGAGCUGUUCACCGACUGCGGUCCGCUGGAGUCUUCGCAGCUCUGUCAGUACCGCAGCCAGAUGAACGGCACCAAAGCCUUCUCUGAUGACCAGCCGGCGGGGCCCGGCGUCUACUCGGCCAUGUGGCAGCUGUGCCUGGCGCUCAUCUUUAAAAUCAUUAUGACUAUAUUCACAUUUGGACUCAAGGUGCCGUCGGGUUUGUUCAUCCCCAGCAUGGCCAUCGGGGCGAUCGCGGGGCGGAUUGUUGGCAUUGCCAUGGAGCAGCUUGCAUAUUAUCACCACGACUGGUUCCUGUUCAAAGAGUGGUGCGAAGUCGGAGCUGACUGCAUCACUCCAGGGCUCUACGCUAUGGUGGGAGCUGCAGCGUGCCUGGGUGGAGUGACUCGUAUGACUGUCUCCCUCGUCAUCAUCGUGUUCGAGCUGACCGGCGGGCUGGAGUACAUCGUCCCCCUCAUGGCCGCCGUGAUGACCAGCAAAUGGGUGGGCGAUGCAUUCGGUCGAGAGGGAAUCUACGAGGCCCACAUCCGACUGAACGGAUACCCCUUCUUGGAUUCAAAGGAGGAGUUCACGCACACCACGCUGGCCCGGGAGGUGAUGAGGCCCCGACGCAACGACCCGCCGUUGGCAGUGCUCACGCAGGACGACCUGACUGUGGAGGAGCUGCAGGGCAUUAUCAAUGAAACCAGUUAUAAUGGUUUCCCUGUGAUCGUGUCUAAGGAGUCCCAGAGGCUAGUGGGCUUCGCUCUGCGCAGAGACAUCACAAUCGCUAUAGAGAACGCACGCCGCAAACAGGAGGGCAUCGUGCUGAACUCAAGGGUGUACUUCACCCAGCAUGCACCCACGCUGCCUGCCGACAGCCCUCGACCCCUCAAGCUUCGCUCCAUCCUGGACAUGAGCCCCUUCACCGUCACUGACCACACCCCCAUGGAGAUCGUGGUGGACAUUUUCAGGAAGCUGGGUCUGCGCCAGUGCCUGGUUACUCACAACGGGAUUGUGUUGGGCAUCAUCACUAAGAAGAAUAUAUUAGAGCAUCUGGAGGAGCUCAAGCAGCACACGCCGCCCCUGGCGGCUUCUUGGUAUUAUCACAAAAAAAGAUAUCCUUCGUCACAUGGCUCAAAUGGCAAAUCAGGAUCCAGAGUCCAUCAUGUUCAACUGAUCCGCUCUUUCCAGGACGGCUGGGGUGGAGGGGGCAACGAGGAAGAGGAGGAGGAGGAGGAGGAGGAAGAGGUGUGCCUCCUGAACGGCUCCAGUCUCUGACACGCGGACCCCGUUUUUGUUUGUUCGUUUUUAGUUUUCAGCUGUAGACCCUGAACCUCACUGACUGACUGAGGCCUGCAGAGACUUUCAGGCCACCCGAGGAGAAGACGAUGACACGAGACUUUGUUCUCAUCGUCCGGCUGCCGAGGACACGAUGAGGUCACGGGUCGAAGGCACGCACACACACAAGGAAUGCACUUUUUACACACACACUUUUGCACUCGCAGACACCUCACUCAUGCAUGCUGUACACACACACACACACACACACACACACACACACGACUCCCUAAACCUGUACAGCUACGCCCGUUUGCACUCUACACGUGCCUCACCCCCUUGUACUGUCUCCCUCCUCUGUGAUGGAUGCCGCCUGGCUGGGGUCAAAGGUCAGGAUGAACCGCUGAUGAGGGACGCGAUGAGGGACCUUGAAGCCUCCAGGCUCUCGUUUAAAUAAAGUUUAAAACAAAAAGCAACAUUAAAAACAACUCACUUCCCUCACCCCCGCGCACACCUGAGCUGUCCGUCCUGCAGAAGAUUACCUUGUUUACCUGUGAAGUGUGUGUGCAUGUGUGCGUGUCGUUAUCACCACUACAUUCCAGCCAGGUUAUCAUCGGAAGUGAGGGGAUGAUCUUACGCUCCUCACCCCGAAAACACGGCAGCCUCUUGUGAUCGCAUCAUGGCACGCUGCUGCUUCCCUGGGUCAUGUGAAAAUGAGGUGUGUGUGUGUGUGUGUGUGAGAGAGAGAGAGAGAGAGAGAGAAAAGGAAGGGAAAAAGGUUGAGUUUUGUGGAAUCGCAGUUUGUUUCUCCCCAUGUGACCUUUAGAUUAUUGCUCUCCAAUCAUUUCCAAAGUCUGCUUUAAGUGAUCGGUAACUUCAUCAGUAACAUGACUCACGUACCUUCAGCCCGCCUUUUAUAAUUAUAGAAUAUGUAAAAGUUGAUCGUCUGAGCCCCCACAGGUGGCGUUUAACACUCCAAACUCAUUUACACAACAAAGACUGACAGAAAGAGAGAUCAACUGAUCAGCACUCCGUGAUCGAUGCUUUGAUCCACAGAUUCUCAGUGUUUUUAAUAAACGUGCUUCGUCCCAACGUUCGGAGGCUGUGAAGCUGUAAAUUGUCACGUUUUAGAAGAUGAAGCCAGCAGACGGUAAUUAAAAAACAUUCAACUUUAUCUGCACUACAGUUGUUGGAGUUUGAGAGCUUUUUAUAUAGAGUUUGUACUCUGAUCCAAAGCUGCCGCCACCUUAAAUCCACGCGUGUUUGUUGGGUCUAACAUGUCACUAACGCCUCGGAUGAAGCGUGCUUUUUGCCCUGCAUUGUUUUCAAGGUUGUAGAGGAUAAUACUGCAGAACAUCUGGCUGCAACUGUCUGUCGCUUUCAAUCACACCAGGUUUCUUUCUUUUCUCCCCACGUCUGCCAAGUGCCUGGCACAAGUUUUUUUUGUUUUGUUUUUUCUUUAGGCUUUUCACACCCCGAUCUCUCUGCUCCCCCUUUUUUUUUUUUUUUAAAUCAAACGUCAUCACUCGAUGAAGGGAAAUGAAGUGAGGUGUGUGUGUUCCUGUGUCCGUCUUUGCAUUGCAGUGACUGUCCUGCUGUGGUGUGACAGGAUCGUCUUUGUUACCUGUGGUGUUGCCUAACGUUGUGUUUCAUACUGAUCUCGAUGUUUUUCUUUUUUUUGUUUCUCUUUUUUUUAUUUAUGGGUAGUCUGGAUAGAGUUGUGCAUUACUAUAAUAAAUUUCAUGUAUGAUUACAACAAUUGUUUGAUUGUAUAUUAAAAAUAAAACCUGUAAAGAUUAAAAUUUGUUUUAAA